AUGGAUGUAAGUGAAUUGAUGGAAAGUGUUAGUUUCAGUUCAAGAUUAUUUAAACAAUCCUUCUAUUGGAUAAGUGCAAAGAAUAAAGAAGAAAUUGAGAAACUCGUAGAAGAAUUACAAACUAUCAGUAAAGUAACAUGGUCAAUAGAAAAGACAAUUCAAAAGGAAAACGUAAGAAACAAUCUGUUUAAUCGAAUUUAUUAUUGUCACUUCAAUACAAGACGAAGAAAAAAUACCAAGGAUUUAAAGAAAAAAAGCUCAAGAAACAUCAAUUGUCCAGCAAAAUUAAUUUUAACUUUAAAGAAAAUCAUUCCUAUGUCCAAGUCUAAAGCCAACAAUUCAUUGAAUAAAGUCGACAAAGAAUAUCCUUGUUUAUUAGAAUUUCGGAACAAUCACAAUCAUAGAUCCGAUGUGUGA